AAUUCUUUAAACCUUUCUCGUUCUUAAAAAAUUUGAUUUUUGUUGGCUGCUUUUGGUUAAAGCUGUUUAAGUUCUUGGCAGAUUGUAGGUGAAGAUGAUUAAUUAAUGAGAGGAAAAAAGUGAGAAUUUUUGGUAAAAUCGACGUGUCGUCCAAUAGAUAAGCAGCUUUUGUGUGUCAGAAAGCUUUUGGCUUUUGGAGAGAAUUGGGUCAGUAUAUGAACAAGCAGACACCGCACCUCACAACCCAUCCACCAGGCCCAGGCUGCUGAUGACAAGGAUAGUUUUUUCCUUCUAGCUUUCUUUCUUCUUCCCAAAGCUAUCGACACCCAUUUGCCUGAUUGCUCAUUUCACACACUUGUCGUCUCAGAAUCUGACUUCCCAGUUGCUCUGAAACACAGAAUCAACCAGAGGUAAUAGCUAUGGAGUUCAAUUUUUGGGCCUCAAGGGUUCAUCGCACUGAGCAACUUUCUGCUGUUCAAGCCGCCAUGCUUCAUUCUGGUAACCAUAUAAUUCUGGAUGACUCUGAUGGAGAAGAUGAUACACGAGCUUACUUUUCAUGCCCUUACUGUUAUGUGGAUAUCGAAGUUCAAGUACUUUGCAGCCAUUUGCAAGAAGAGCACUGCUUUGACUUCAGAAAUGCAGUUUGUCCGCUAUGUGCAGCCAGUCUGGGGAAAGAUGUAAUUGGGCAUUUUAUAGCGCAUCAUUCAAGCUCAAUAAAGAGGAGGAGAAAGCCUGAGAAACCUGUAUCUGCUGCAUUUAGUUCCAAGAAGCUGACAACAAAGAGCAGGAGGGAAAAGAAUGGAUCUGCACCUGACCCUCUUCUACCCUUCAUCUGCAGCAUUCCUUUCUCAGACCCUGAAUCUGUCGAGAGAGAUGACGAUUCAGUAAACGAUGACUCCGUCACUGCCGCUAAUGUCGUAAGUAAUAGGUCACACUUGCUGGAAAGGAACCAGAACAGUGAAGAGUUGAAUCAGAGAGCAUCUUUUGUACAACAAUUAAUCACAUCAACCAUUUUUUAGGUCUCUUCAUCUCCCCUGAUUGCUUUCGUGGUGAUGCAGUUAAUAUUCAUCGUUGUAUCGAUCGAUUGGCAUAGUGUUCCAUCACUGGUGCUUGAUUUUGAUAGGAAAUAUUUCAGAUAUCAGUUAUGCCAUAGGUAUCAUUUGUGUUCAUCUUCCUGUUGAUACAUCUUGUCAACAUUGUGGCAAAAGCUGGGGUUUUACAUAUACGUAUAUAUGUAAAAUGUAUCAUUGCAAACUUGGUAGAGAGUGGAACUUCUUUAACUAGUAACAGCAGUUUACGUAAGAAUAUUAUUACAACAGCUA